AUGCAUCAAUUCAAUAAGGAAUGGAAGCUUUCAGGUAUACAACGGAUCUUCUACAAUAAUCUUGUUGGAGAAUUGGGAGGCUUUGGCUCGGAAGAUGGAAAAUUUAUUUGGCCUACAAGUGUAACAAAUACUUUAGAUGGUGAUCUGGCCAUUAAAGAUACAGGCAACCACCAAAUCCAGAUCUUCUCUCUAGAAGGACACCACAAGCAAACCUUUUCAUAUGGGUCUGAAAAUACCAAAUGUCUUGGAAAUGUUGCAUGCACAAACGAAGGUCUUCUUCUUGUAUCAAAUGGAUCUAAGGGUAUUAAAGUAUUUACUAAGGAAGGGGAAAUGAUACAUCUUUUGAAGUCAUCUAAAGCAGAUUGGAAGCAUUCUUAUGGGCUGGCUGUAAUGCAUUCCAACAGUAUUGCAGUGACUGACUGGACAGAUGGGGGAAAAGUACACAUUGUUUGUGUGGACUGGAGAAUGAACGCUGUGUUAAAGACAAAUGUUGUUGAUGGACUUCAAAGACCGGAAUACAUUGCAGUUACUAAGGAUGAAGAUCUACUAGUAACUGAGGGACAACUCUUUGGACAACACUCAGGUGGUUGCCUUAAAAUUAUAGAUAAUGAUCGAUCUAUUAAAAAAACAAUAGGACCCAAAUAUGGACACAAUUUCAGUUUUGUAAACCCAUCUGGAGUCUGCGUGGAUGGAAAUGGCAACUUUUUCAUAGCAGAUAGAUGGAAGAACAGCAUCACCAUGUUCAAUCCAAACUCAUCUCUGAUGGCUACAGUGGUGACACAUGACCUAGAAGGUCCCAGUGGAAUUACCAUUGCAAACAAAGACCUUCUAGUUGUUACAGACUGUUACCAUCAUAGUGUAAAACUAUACAAAUAUAAACAGGGAAUACUACUUUAA